AUGAGCCCAAUUGAUCCAGACGCGACCUUGGAAGCUGCCAGCGACGACGACCCUCUAGCCAAAUACUUUGAUCCGCAAACGUCUGUACUGCACGAGCACAUCCUUGCGCCUCCCUCUCCGCCAAUACCGACAUGGGAGCGAGAGCUCCAGCAUCGCAUCGACAACGGGCGAGGGCUGACUGCGUCAAUAGAUCGCUUUGUGGAUUGGGCUGUUAAACGCGUCGAGUUGGCGAUAGGUCAUGCAUGA